GAGAGGUAGCUAGCUAGCUAGCUAGGAGCGUCGCCGGUGGGGGUCGACCCCUCUCUCUUCCCUCUGCUUUAAUGUCCGAAUUUUCCAAAUCUCUCGCCAAUCCAAAAUUUCAUCCGAUCAAGCCACGAUUCUGUCGGAUCUCCACUCUUCUCUUGUUAAGGUUGUCCGAAUCAUGACGAGAUUGCGUUUUCUUCUUCUAAUUUCAGCGCUCAUAUGCCCUUCCGGCGAAUCCAGAUCCAUUCUAACACGCGCGCGCGCCGACGAAUCUGCUAAGAUCGGAAACCGUUGUUCGUUUACGGUGAUUGUAAGAACGAGCUGCUCUUCUCCUCGAUCCACAAGCGACAGAAUCAGCCUCUCGUUCGGCGAUGCCUAUGGCAACCAGGUUUAUGUUCCGCGGCUUGAUAAUCCUCGAGCCCACGCAUUCGAGCGAUGCUCGACCGAUACGUUUCAAAUUUACGGGCCGUGCACAAAUCAAAUAUGUUAUUUGUACCCUUAUAGAGCUGGAAACGACGGGUGGAUGCCUUCCGACGUAACGGUGUAUGGGCACGACUCGAAGGCGGUCACGUUCUACUACAACGUCAAAAUGCCGAGAGAUAAAUGGUACGGAUUCAACAACUGCGGUCGCCGCGCGACAUUGGCAACCGAGUAAGCGUUGUUUUGUUGCUCAGGGUGAGUCUUGAGUUGAAUCUUGUGAUGAUGUAGUACUUAUUGUUGAUAUUUCUUCGGCAAAAUUACUUAUAACUCCCUUGUGGUUUCGAAAUUCGGCAUAAAUUUUUCCUUUACUUUAAAAAUUGCAUGACGUCUCUUGAUACUUUAAAAAAUGUUGCUUGAAAUCUCACCGUGGUUUUAAAACUCAGCGUAAAUUCCCACUUUACUUUAAAAAAUUGUAUGACGCUCUCUUAUACUUUAAAAAAUAUUGCCCUGCCAUGCAAAACAUACAAAUAGGAAAUUAUAUUCUAAUCAUACAAUAGAGUUUUCAUGGUGGUGGAAUUUUAUAUAACGUUUUUUAAAAUACGAGGAGAUGUCAUGCAAUUUUUAAAGUAUAGAGAGAUUUUACGCUGAAGUUAUGAACAAUUUUACCUAUUUCCUCGCAUUCGAUUACUUGUCGUGUCAUCUCGACUAUUUUGGAUUUACAAGUUUUGAAUGUCCGGAUACCUAAAGAUCGAACAUUUCAUCUAUUUUGAUUACAUGUUGCGUUCCUUCGUUACAACAGCGAUAGGGAUUUAGGAGAGACUUCCCAUCGCUUGCGCUUUCUCGCGGAGGAUGAAUUUUUGAAUCUUCCCGGUCGACGUUUUCGGAAGUUCUUGGAAAACGACGGUCUUUGGAGCCAUAUAAUGAGGCAAAUGAUCUCGGCAGAAGUCGAUAAGUUCUCGGGAAGUAACCUCGACGCCGUCCUUCAGCUUGACGAACGCACACGGAGUUUGCCCCCAAUGGUCGUCGGGUCUCGCAACGACGGCAGCUUCGAGCACGGCGGGAUGACGGUACAACACCGUCUCGACUUCGACGGUGCUGAUGUUCUCCCCUCCAGAAAUCACAAUAUCUUUCAAUCGGUCCUUAAUUUCAAUGUAUCCGUCGGGGUGUUUCACGGCGAGAUCGCCGCUUCUGAACCACCCGCCGGCGAACACCGCCUCGGUGGCUUUCAUGUCUUUCAGGUAUCCGCUCAUUACGGUGUUUCCUCGAAACAUGAUCUCGCCAACGGUCUCACCGUCCGCCGGUACGCUCUCCAUGGUGACGGAGUCUCUCACGUCGACUUUCUCGAGCGCGAAAUGCUCGACGCCUUGUCGAGCUUUGAGACGGUACCGUUCUUCGCGCGGAAGCAAAUCCCACUCGGGUUUCCACACACAAUACGUUCCAGGACCGUACGUUUCGGUGAGUCCGUACAAGUGGCUCACCCGGAAGCCAAGCUUCUCGAUUCUUUCGAGGAUCGACGGCGGUGGCGGUGAGCCACCUGUCAUUAUAUCGACCGUAUGAGGAAGGGGUGUUUUCUCGUCGUUUCCGGAGUUGAUGAUCUUGUUCAAGACAGUCGGAGCUCCGCCCAUGUGACUAACCUUAUGGCGCAAAAUGGCGUCGAAGAUGUUCUUCGGGGAAACGGUUCGGAGGCAAAUGUUCGUCCCGCCGAUCGCCGCCAAGCCCCAAAUCAAACACCACCCGUUGCAAUGGAACAUCGGGACCGUCCACAAAUAGACCGGCGUCGACGGCAUUCCAUGGAGGAAUGUCGUCGCAAGCGCGUUCAAAUACGCCCCGCGAUGAUUGUAGACGACGCCUUUGGGACGGGACGUCGUUCCCGAAGUGUAGUUGACGCUUAUCGGGUCCCAUUCCGUUCUCGGUCGCCUUACAGCGAACCCACC